CGAAGAGAAAAGGUUCAAGAUUGUUCAUGGAAACAUAAAUCCUAGUAAUGUUAUGCUUGAUAACUCUCUUAUGGCCAAGUUGUCUGACUUUGGAUUGGCAACGCUUUGUGAUGAGGAAGAUCCAUUUAUGACCAUCGAAGCAAAAGGGUCGCGAGUUUACAUGGCACCUGAGUAUUCAAUGGGAAAAGCAAUAAAUAUUGUUAAAGCUGAUGUUUACAGUUUUGGAGUUGUCCUACUCGAAAUAGUUAGCGGAACAGAAAUAGUUAGCGAGACAGUUAGUGAAGAAUACACACCCACCCAGGAAGUUGAGUUUCUUCUGGAUAAAGUAAGUGGAUCUGACAGGAUAAACCCCCUUAGUUUUUUUUUUUUGUAA